CCAUUUUACAUGGACGUGGUGGUAGCAGGACGCUCUUUAGUUUAGGUCUUUGUUGCGGCGUUUAUUGCCGUUUCGUAUUUCCAUUAAGCGUGAAAUGCUUAUGUCCCGUGUCUAUUUUGGCGGUAGCCCAAGAGAUAUGGAACUUCCUUCUUCUUAAGAUGUGGUGAAACUCUUAUUUCUCUUCAACUGUAACUUCUACUAAGUUUCUGUGACAAAUUCUUCUUAGCUUUCUGCUGUUGUCGUCAAUGGUUUAGAGUUUAAGAAACAUCGUUACUUUUUUUGAUUGUUGUUGCUCUGUGCAAUAUACCUGAGUCUGAUAGGUAACUAGGGAAAAAAAGCAGAUGCUAAAUGUAGUUUUCAUAUUGGAAUACCAAAGGAAAUUUGUAUGUAGCUCCCAGAACGGAAUUUAUGCUUCUGUCAUGUGUUCUAAUAUCUUUUGAGAAAAUAAUGCCACAGAGACAGUUACCCCAGUCGGACAGGGUAAUUGAGGAUUUGAAAAAAUAAAAGAAACAAACAAAAUGAUCCAAAAUGCUUAAACAAAGAAAAUAAAGUACAAAAAAAAAACCAAAAACAAAAAACCCUAAAUUCACAGAAAGCAACUCCAAAACCUUGUUCAGUGUAUUUCAAAAUAUUUUUUUGUUUUUAUUUCUCCAUUCCUUAUCAUACAACCUGAAGCCUUUAUUUUAGGCAUGUUUUAGUAUUUCGUUAAGUUUUGUUUUUUUUUUACUGUUCUGAAAUUUUCCCCCUGGCCAGAAAGCAUGGACUUUGAUCACAUGGGAGGUAUUUUUUGACGCUGAUGAUUCUAUUAUUUUAUAGCUCAUUGCUCCCUUUUUCUGAGGUACUUUCCAAAGGAGAACCAGGCAUAACUGCAGCCUGUAGUGUGUAAAGGUGUGAGGAUCACUUCCAAAGUGAUCUGGAGAAUGGAGUGAAGUCAGGGUGCUUGAGCAGCCGGGGAUAUGCUUCUCGGUCCAAAUUCUUAGUGUAGUCCUAAUACUGUUGAAUGCGGGGAGAGAAUAUUUUGACUGUUCAUAAUUAUUUCUAAUCAUACAUAGCGCUGUUUAAACCUGCCAAAUGGGCAAAGAGAAAGUCCUUGAAGAUGGACUUUUCUAAAAAGCUGUGCAGUUGCAGGAAGGAUAAUGAGCUUCGGGGUCUACGGAAGAAAUAUUAGCAGUACUGUGAAUGCCAUAUUCGCAGAAUACAUUUGAUCACAUUUGUUAAAGGUUUUUCGGUGUGGCAGAAAUAAACAAUGCCAGAAAGAUGUAUUAAAUGUGUCUAGAGAUGACCUGGGUGAACGAAUAAAAGAUCGGCUGUAGAAAAGUCGAGGCAGGACGGGACCCCACGACUCCGAGGCCACUGUCCCUUCCCCGCGAUCUGCCCGUGGGCAGAGCGGGCAGCGCUCGGCAGCGCUCGGUGCGUGCAGUGCCAGGAGGAGGCUGCGGGCGCCGCUGUUGACCGAGAGGAGCGAGCGGGAGCUCGGAGCGCUGCAGCCCCGCCCGCUGCGGAUCGGCUCUGUCACUCGCUCGGCGGAUUGCUGGGUCGGCAGCUCGGCAAUUUUGCGAUCGGUCUCACAGUGCGGAUACGUGCAGACGAGAAACGGAGGAGGCUAGGACAGGGGCCGGUGAGCGGAGAGUCCUGUAGGAAACCUCAGCAGGCGCGGAUACCGGAGCAGCAGGCGGCAAGAGGGGUGCCUCUUCGGUGGCGAUGUGUGCAUCGGGGAGGCGCUGGGGCCGGCGGCAGCGAGCUCUGCUCUGGGCCGUGCUGCUGGCAGCGUGGGAGGCGGCGUGGGGGCAGCUGCGCUACUCCGUGCCCGAGGAGAUGCCCAAGGGCUCAUUCGUGGGCGACGUGGUCAAGGACCUUGGGCUGCAGCUCGCGACUAUCCGAGACCGCGGCGUUCGCAUUAUCGAAAGAGGUCGGACCCAGUAUUUCGCCUUGCACGGGAAGACAGGACACUUAGUGACGGCAGAGAGGAUCGACAGAGAGCAGAUUUGCCGGCUGGUGGAGAAAUGCGUGCUGCGCUGUGAGCUGAUAGUGGAAGGAGAAAUGAAAUUCUAUGAAAUCGAAGUGGAAAUCAUGGACAUUAACGACAACGAACCCACCUUCAAGAAGAAGGAACUGGAACAGAGAAUUAGCGAGAUGACAGCCCCGGGGUCGCGGUUUCCCCUGCCCGACGCUCAUGAUUCUGACUCGGGCCGGAAUUCCCUGCAGAGCUACGAGCUGAGCGGCGACGAGCACUUCUCGCUGGCCGUGCAGGCGGGCCCCGGCGGCGAUCAGCGUCCCGAGCUGGUGCUGGCGAAGGCGCUGGACCGGGAGGAGGCGGCGUUUCACGAGCUGGUGCUGAGGGCGAUGGACGGCGGCGAUCCGGCACGGACGGGCACGGCUCGGAUCCGUGUAACCGUGGUGGACGUGAACGACAACGCGCCCGUGUUCAGCCAGGCGGAGUACACGGUGCGUGUGCCCGAGGACGUGCCCGUGGGCACUGUCCUCGUCACCGUCACGGCCACCGACGAUGACGAGGGGCCAAACGGACAUGUUAAAUACAGUUUUCAUAGAAUUUCAGAAAAGGCAUCCGAACUUUUUGAUCUUAAAUCAAACACAGGAGAAAUAACCCUUAAAGAGAACUUGGACUUCGAAGAAAUUUCUUCACUUGAAAUGGAGGUGCAGGCACAAGAUGGUGGAGAGUUAUUCGAUGCUGCCAAGGUCACGAUCUCUGUGACAGAUGUCAACGACAACGCACCUGAACUGACAGUAUCAUCGGCAUUGACUGAGAUCUCAGAGGAUGCCCCGUCGGGGACGGUGGUAGCCCUGCUGCACGUAUUUGAUCGAGACGCGGGCGCGAACGGUGAGGUGCGGUGCUCCCUCGACAAGGACGUCCCGUUCCGGCUUCAAAGCUCGCAGGGCAAUUAUUACAGUGUGGUGACAGCGAGAGAGCUGGACCGGGAGCAGGUGUCGGAGUACAACGUGACGGUGCGGGCUGCCGACGGCGGGUCGCCGCCGCUGCAGAGCAGCGCGGUGCUGGCGCUGCGGGUGCUGGACGUGAACGACAACGCGCCGGUGUUCGCGGAGGAGCGCUACAGCGCGCGGCUGUCGGAGAACAACGCGGCGGGCGCGCUGGUGCUGAGGGUGCGCGCCACGGACGCGGACUGGGGGCAGAACGCGCGCGUGCGGUACCGGCUGGCGGAGGGGCGGGUGCGGGGCGCGGCGCUGUCGUCGUACGUGUCGGUGCAGGCGGAGACGGGCGCGCUGUACGCGCUGCGCUCCUUCGACUACGAGCAGCUGCGCGAGCUGCAGCUGUGGGUGCGUGCGGAGGACGGCGGCGCGCCGGCGCUGGGCAGCAACGUGUCGGUGCGGCUGCAGAUCGUGGACGAGAACGACAACGCGCCGCAGGUGCUGUACCCGCCGCCGGCUUUAGCGGCGGGCUCGGGCGCUGCGUGGUCGGGCGUGGAGCUGGCGCCGCGCUGGUCGGAGGCCGGCGCGCUGGUGGCCAAGGUGGUGGCGGUGGACGCGGACGCGGGGCAGAACGCGUGGCUGUCGUACGAGCUGGCCAAGGCCACGGAGCCGGGGCUGUUCCGCGUGGGGCUGCACAGCGGCGAGGUGCGCACGGCGCGCUCGCCGCUGGCCCGCGACGCGGCGCGCCAGAGCCUGGUGGUGCUGGUGAAGGACCACGGGCGGCCGGCGCUGUCGGCCACGGCCACGCUGAGCGUGGUGCUGGCCGAGAGCGUGGCCGAGCUGCUGGCCGAGCUGGGCAGCGCGGCCGCCGAGGCGGCGGCGCCGGGCGAGCCGGCCGCCAGCCUGACGCGCUGGCUCGUGCUGGCCGUGGCCGCCGUGUCGUGCCUCUUCGUGGCCUUCCUGCUGCUGCUGCUGGCGCUGCGCCUGCGCCGCUGGCGCCGCCAGCAGCUGCUGCCGGCGGACAGCGGCGCCCUGCGCGGCGUGCCCGUGUCGCACUUCGUGGGCAUCGACGGCGUGCGCGCCUUCCUCCAGUCCUACUCGCACGAGGUGUCGCUCACGGCCGACUCGCGCAAGAGCCAGCUGCGCUUCUCGGCCGGCAGCUGCUGCGACACCCUCCCGGCCCGGCCGCCGCCCGACGAGCCCGCGCCGUUGCUCGGCGACGAGGAUCCUGCCGGCGCCCUCCCCGCCCAUCCCGCCCCUCCCUCGGUGAGUUUCUGUCUCCAGAUUUUCCCCGCGACUCUUUCUCUUGGUGCUCCCCUGCGCUUUCCGCGCCUUGUUCUCUGAUUUCCAUCCUACAUUUUGCUUAAAAGCACGGUAAAGUUUCCUUCAGUUAAGUUCUGAAUGAAGGAUCCCAUUGCGUUGUCAUGUGAACAUGGGGUGGAGAAGGCAGGAGGGAGAAGGCUGCUCCUGGGAGGAUGUUGGUUAGUCAGAGGUUUGGGUAUUGAUCAGGUUCCAGAUGUUGUUCCCCUGUAUCACCUGUGCUCUGUAGAAUCUGCGUUCCUGCUGGCAUUAGAUCUUCUGACGGGAUGGAUCACGUCAUUAAGAAAUACAAUUUUUUAGGAGGUUAACCUGUCUUCCCAAAAGCACAUGUCCUUAGAUAGGUUGAAUGUGUCUUGAACAAGAUGCUGAUGGCUUUGUGUGGAACCUCUCUGCACAUUGGUUUCAGCCUUUGUCGCUCUCCAUGAUACAUAGUGGAGCUCAGCAGGAAGUGUUUGUGUCAUCCAUACUUUAAUAUUUGUUCUCAGCAAAGGAUUGGACUGGGUAACAAGUGGUUCUUGAUGAUUAGUGUCUGCUUGUUACGGAGAUGAAGGAUCUUCUUGAAGUUGUGAUUCUUUGAAAAGUCUGUGGGGGCUGCAUGUGGAGGAGGAAAUGGCAGAACUGCUUUGGUUUUUUCUAAUUUUGUAAUAUAGAGAUAUAUCAAAUGGAGCUGGAUGAGCCUUGGCUAGAAAAUAUUCAGCAUGUCAAGAGAAUUGCCUGGAUGGGAAGGGGGAGAUUCAAGGUGCAGUGGGACAGACAAGGUGGGCAUAAUUCCCUGUGAGCUGAUACUCAUGGACUCAGUAUGCCUUGAAAGAAAGCUCAGCUUUUCCUUUGAGACCUAUGAAGUCUCUUCACAGGACUUCAGCCAGCAGGCAAAUGCAGCUUCCACAGCACAGACAUGCACAGAUAGCUGUGUGGAAUUGGUGGUGGGAGGAAGGAUGGCCUGGGGAGCUGGACCUCUGCUGUCACAUGUUUUAAAGGUAUAUGGGUGAAAGGACACCAUGGAUAGUGUGAAGGGUUGGAAAUGUGAGUGCUGUGAGCCGUGCGUGAAUGUCUGCUGAAAGACUCAAGGGAAUGUUUUCCUCCAUUCCCAGUCCCGUUCCUAUCUCUAGGAUGAAGCAAUGUGGGGUUCUUCUUCCCAAAAUAAUUGUCUAGAAGAUCUGUAUUCCAGCUGCAUGGAGAACCCUGGGAGCUUCUUCCUAUAGUGUUUGCAUGUCAUCAUAAUUGUGUUACUUCUAAGCUUAAUUUUGUACUUGUCACAGAUGCCAUAUGGGAAGUGCAGGCUGUGUAUUCAGUGCCUAUAAACAAGGUCAUUAAUGACCUACUCUGAGUUAUAUAACCCAGAAGCGAAUUGUGAUCUCUUAAAUUCUGCAGGUGUUAACUUUGUGUCUCCUUCUUCUGAUGAUCUGAAGAUGUUUCUUUCAUGUUUAUAGGUGAAAGGAGAGAAAUUUCCAUAGACAUGUUUCUUGAAAAUGUCUCUUUAAAAAUCUUUUUCUUGUCCCAUGGCUAGGGUGGGAAGUCAAAUAUUAUCCAUAGUAAGGAGAUACUGUCUGAGCAACAUUCCUCUUGGUUUUAGUCUGUCUAAAUUCUGCAGAUCUGUGAUAAGCAUGGGAGCCGUGAAGGGUUAGGAGGUAAUGUUGGGGGUGUGGUGUGUGAGGAAGUCCUAGUGGAGAUAUGACAUGGGUUUUGUUGAUCCUCAGGGCUAUUGCUGGUGUUCUGAAAUGAGUCAGGAGGAGUCUUAUGGUGUAGUUUGGACCGAUAUGGCCAGGUUUGGGUUACAUAUUCCUUUGCAGCAAGAGGCCUUGUUUGGGUUCCACAUUCAUUUGCAUUUUGAGAGGAGUCCAUGAUCUGAGGAAUGGUGAUGUCACCUUUGAGGUGAUACUUGGAUGUGUGGGUCUUUGACGGAGCUGAUAAAAAUUUAUGGCUUAUAUAACAUUUUCCACUUGUUCAAAUAAUUGGGAGGAACCAAAUAACUAAAGUUUUGAUGCUUGAGAUCUUAGAAGCUGUGCACACAACCUCUAUUCUAAUGAUGUCUGUAUGCAAGAUUUGUUUCCAUGUUAUGUUUGGACAGAGAGAAGAAGUCUGUCUGUCCAGAGACAAGGCCGGUGCUGGAGUUCACUGGGAUCUAGUUCAAAAUGAAUGAAUGAAUUGUGUCCAGUUCUGUUUGUCCUAGCAGUCAGAUGAGGCCCAGAGUUGUGUUUCCAAGCUUUUCCUUUCUCUUACUGUGCAAGGAAUUGACAGUGUGGGGCCUAUGUGGUGAGCUCCUGUGUGAGACCUCCUGUGUAUUAAUUACAGUCCAGUUUGCUGUGUUGUGUAUGGACUGAAAAUGACCCAAUCUGCAGUGUGAGGCCAUGAUUGAUUCUCUUGUGGCAUUUUCCUAUUCUUGGCUGGGUUGAUUAAGGCUUUCAGCAUGCUUGGUUUGGUUUGGUCUGGGUUGUUUGUUUGUUUGUUCGUAUUUUUUUCUAGGAGAAAAGUUAAUCCUCAUUGUGCCUGGCAAUCCUGCAAACUCAAAAACAAAAUUAUCCCGCAUGGAGAGUAUCUCUCAUCCAUCUCUUGAAGCUGUACAUGUUUUCAGAGAAUCCUGGAAACACAGAACCAGAGGAUGGUUUGUGUUGCAAAGGACCUUAAACAUCCUCUGGUUCACGCUCCUCUGCCUUGGAUAGGGACAUCUUCCACCAGGGCAGGUUGCUCAGCCUGACCUUGAAUAUUUCAUUAAAGAAACACAACUUCAUAAAUGGAUGUUUCGCCAAGGUGCUGGAUUUCUCUGUGGCCAACAUGGAACCAAAAUGCUGGUAUAUGUUGAUGGUGAAACUAAAUCUGUGAAUGAGGAGGGUGAGAGCUCAGUUCUGUGUCAGGAAAUCGAUGACUCAGUGUGGGUUUGGUUGGGAAAUGGUUUGAUUUCAUGCUUGGUGCCAAAGGCAGUGCCAUUGCUGUUCUGCUCCUGGUUUCUCUGUCAUGAAAGGCAAUGACAGUCCUCCAACAAUAACACUUUCCAUGGUAACUGUUCCUGUAGAACCUUAAUUCUUGGCUAGAACUGCCAAUGAUUCCUGUGUGAAACCGCCA